UGUGCUGGUUAAUAACACCUUCCAAAUAACGUUAGGCAAUUAUAUAGUCAAUUAUUGGCAGUCAAAGCCAAAAGGCUUGGUUUUUCAUCGGACGGUGUGAGAAGUAUAAAAUCUAAGUGUGUUUGCUAGUUAUAUACAAAAUUUAACGGAGCUUGUUAGUCUUUUGUUAGCGGUAUAGACUUGUUUAGUUAGCUAGCGUCACUGUAUGUAGUGACAACCUAAGAAUAAAUGGCUUUAAUUAUUAUUGUCUAAAGCAAGGACAAGGUUUGUAUCGACGUCGACCACUUGAUAUGAGUAUUUAAGAAUACCGACAUACAUGCCAAUUAAACGUACCUUGCUUCGUUUUGGGCUCACUGUCACGUUCCAGUGUGGAUUAGCCUUCAUUGUGAAUUCAGCGCCUCCUAGUGAUGUCUCAACUGAGAAGGAGAAAUACCCCAGUCUGCCUGGACCUAAGAUCUAGAGGCAUUUUUGAUGCUGGCACGUUAUCAAGGCAAAACUUGAAGAUUCUUAGGGAUAUUAUACUUCAGGACAGCAAAGACUUCUCCAAAGUCUGGACCAAGUCCUCAAAAUCCACAAUAUCUUAUGAGAGUGGAAGGAUUUAUUUCGAAAAUUAUCAGUGUUGUUACAAGCCACAUCUUCUGUAUGAAUUACGUAAGAGGCCCAAAGCGGAAAAGAUUGAAGAUGCAUUGCUAUGCCAGUGCCCUCUUGAUAAAAGGUUGCCUACACCGUCCGAUGAAAAACCUAGCCUCUUGGCUUUGACUGCCAAUAAUUGGCUAUAUCGCUUCUCAGCUGAAACAGGCCAAGAACUGCAAAGAGUUUACUUGUCUCCACACCACAAGUUUAGGUACCUUGGCUGGGAUGUGUCGCAGGAGACAUUUUAUGUGAAGUCCAUUCAGAAUAAAAUGACGUCUACAGUAAGACAGGCAGGCUUCAACCAAAACACCUUGAUGUACCUGGCCGUGUUCAAUAUUUUUCCCUUAAAACUUGUGGGCAUUCUGGAGAUCAACAAAAGCGUAUUUGGAAGCACUGUCAUUGAUGUUGUUCUGUCCCAAGGAGUCCUUGCGGUUUCUCACAGCUCCAAGACUGUGAGACUCUAUAGCUUUGAAGACAUCCUAAAUAAGUACAUGACAAAGACAUUGGUGCUGGGAGAACAGUGUCACUCAGAAGGUGUUACAGCAGUGGGGGAAGCUCCAUUCGGAAUUCCAGUGAAUAUCCACAUCAACGAAUGUCCCCCGGUGUUGUUUGAGGUAUCAUGCUUUGAUAAUGGAGUACAGAUUGGAGGCCACCCAUGGCACUAUAUCUUCACGCCACCCCAUAAGAAACACCAGGGGUCGUUCCACAUCUGCUCUGUCAAGGACAACACCCUGGCAAAGAAUGGAAUACAAGACAUGAAGUGCUGUUCACUGGAGUCUGACUGGAUCUACUUCCAUCCUGAUGACUCAGGAAGAAUCAUCCAUGUUGGACCUAGCACCAUAAACGUGCUGAAAAUACACAGUGAUUCACAGUUUGAUGAAACCGAUUCACAGUUUGAUAUUGCAAAGGAGUUUUCCAUCACUGCUCAUCGAGAUAAUGGGUUUUCCUCCAGAAAAUCUGACAGUAACUUUAACGUUUCACAGGUGGAGGCCAAUGAUAAGGCGGCAACCCAGACUAGUGUCACAUCCUCUGGCCGCAUAGUGAAGAGAAGAUUUCAUCAGCUAGACGAUGACCCAGAGCAAGAGACAUUCCGGAUGGUGGAGUAUGAAGAUGAGCUUGACCUUUUGGCUGUUGUCGAGGUUACCCACAGAGAGGAUGAGGGACAUGCCCACAUCAGACUUCAUGACAACCACACUGGAGCAUUACUGAAGAGCGUUCCGCUUGUGGAGUCAUGGGAUGUGACAUACAGCCAUGAACUUUUCUUUGACAGAGAUACAAUUGUUCAUAUUGAACAGACGAAGAAUAAUAAUUUCUGCUGCCAUGUCUACAAAAUCAAUUGUGGAAAAACAGAUGAGUGAAAUGAUUGCCUGAUGCUGGGAUAAAUAAUUGAACAUCCCGUCCAACUGCUAAUAUUAUUAAAAAAGAUUCCUGAAAUAACCAGUGUCAUUUUGUUUUUCCAUUUAUUUAUUUUUCACAAAUAUACAAUAAUGAAUACUAUUUUUUUAUAAAUGUUUCUACUCACGGGAUGUUCUUCAAAUGUUCUCUAACAGUUACAUAAAAUGUAUAGGACGAUGUUCCCAAAUGUAUAAUUUACUGGAUAAGGUUGUACAACUUUGAUAAUCUAAGAAGCGGUUUAAGAUAUUUUUCUUUUGUGUCUGGGCGUUUUGUAACAACCGAGUUUACACAACUUAGGAGGCGUCAUGUCCCAUCCCCCCGUAAAACCUCUUGAAAUUCCUCUGGUUCGAGACAUUCAUUGCCGAAAGUCACUUCCUCUUGCUGACAUAGUUUGCGUUGGCGCUGUCAGAUAUGGCGAUGGAGAAUUUCAAGCAAUUUCUAUUCGCCUUAGCCACGGCUGUGUUGGUUGGGUUUGUUUCGAUAUUUUUUGUUUUGAGAUGGGUAUUCUACUUCAAGGAAGGUUUAGCGUGGGAUGGAGGACUGGCCGAAUUCAAUUGGCACCCAGUUUUAACCGUAACCGGGUUCAUUUUUCUUCAAGGAAUUGCAAUUGUUGUUUAUAGGUUGCCAUGGACCUGGAAGUGCAGCAAGUUGAUGAUGAAGUUUAUUCAUGCUGGAUUAAACAUAUUGGCAUUCGUUUUCACUGUCGUAUCUCUGGUAGCAGUAUUUGACUUCCACAACUCACAAAACAUUCCCAACAUGUACAGCCUUCACAGCUGGGUAGGGCUAGCAGCUGUGAUACUAUAUACACUACAGUGUUUGACAGAGUAUCCUGAUUUUCUUUCAUAUUGUACUGACUAGCUUGUCCUGGGAGUGUGUAUCUACCUGGUACCUCUGACCCCAACAUAUCUGAGAGCAGCAUUUAUGCCCCUGCACAUCUACAGUGGCCUGUUCGUCUUUGCCACUGCGAUUGCCACUGCACUUAUGGGCAUCACAGAGAAGCUAAUUUUUGGCUU